UGGCCCUUCCCUCUGUCACAGUGACAUCCCCGCCUCCUACUCCCUGAUUGGAGGAGCGGCGGCGUCAAGAGACAGGAGCGUCGCCGCUGUCCUUGAGUUUCUGCGCUUGCGUGGGAGCGGGGCGUUUGAUUGGCUAGCGGGCGUCGUCGUGGGCGUGGCCUCGGAGACGAGGAGGAGGCCAAACAAAGAUGGCGGCGCCUGAGGCGAGCGGCCUAGUCGUUCCGGCGGAGGCCUCUCCCACCACCGGGUGAAGAGAGACAGCUCGGCCGAAGGAGAGGGGGGAUAUGUCGGGGCCGGACGAACGCGAGCCCGGAGGCGGAGGCGUGGUGGCCGGGGCUGCCGCCGCGGCGCUGGGGGAAGCCGCGGGGCCUGUUCCGGGCGGCGCUGAGGAAGCAGGGCCUCCUCUCGGGCCUGGAGUGGCCGCGGGAGGCGGAGGAGGAGGAGCAGCAGGCCGGCAAGCGGAGCCGGGGGCAGACUCGGACGCGCCGCCCAAGAAGCGCCUCAAGCUCCCGGGAGGCGCCGAGGGAGGAGGCGGAGGGGUGAAGCUGGAGGAGCGGCUCUACUCCGUGCUCUGCUGCACCGUCUGCCUCGACCUGCCCAAGGCCUCCGUCUACCAGUGUACCAAUGGCCACUUGAUGUGCGCUGGGUGCUUCAUCCACCUCCUGGCAGAUGCCCGGCUGAAAGAGGAACAGGCCACGUGCCCCAAUUGCCGCUGUGAGAUCAGCAAGAGCCUCUGCUGCCGAAAUCUGGCCGUCGAAAAGGCCGUGAGCGAGCUGCCUUCCGAGUGCGGCUUCUGCCUGCGGCAGUUUCCUCGCUCUCUUCUGGAGAGACAUCAGAAAGAAGAAUGCCAGGACAGGGUCACUCGGUGCAAGUACAAGCGGAUUGGGUGCCCAUGGCAGGGGCCUUUCCAUGAGCUCACCGUCCACGAGGCGGAAUGCACACACCCCACCAAGACCGGGAACGAGCUGAUGGAGAUUCUAGAUGAAAUGGACCAAACACAUAAGAAGGAGAUGCAGCUCUACAACAGCAUCUUCGGCCUCCUCAGCUUUGAGAAGAUCGGCUAUACAGAGGUCCAGUUCCGUCCGUACCGCACUGACGACUUCAUCACCCGCCUCUACUACGAGACGCCGCGGUUCACGGUGCUGAACCAGACCUGGGUUUUGAAGGCUCGGGUGAACGACUCGGAGCGCAACCCCAACCUCUCGUGCAAACGGACCCUCUCCUUCCAGCUUAUUCUCAAGAGCAAGAUCAACUCCCCCAUGGAGUGUUCGUUCCUGCUGCUCAAGGGACCCUACGAUGACGUAAAAAUCAACCCCGUGAUCUAUCACUUUGUAUUCACCAACGAGAACAACGAGACGGACUACGUGCCCCUCCCUAUCAUAGACUCUGUGGAAUGUAACAAAUUGCUGGCAGCCAAGAACAUCAACCUGCGUCUCUUUAUAUUCCAGAUACAGAAGUAAAGUGUAAGCUAUAAGCUUGGGAUUUUCCAGGUGUGACAGAGUGAGCGUGAGAAAGCGAGCGAGAGAGAGAGAGAGAGAGAGAAAGAAUGCACCACUGAACCAGAGUUACCUCGUAUGGCUGCCUCGGCCCCUUUAUGAUCCCACAAUUAUUUGGUUAUUUGAAAAGAAUCUUUUGCAUGUGUGGAAUAUGGCAAGCUUUUGAACGUGGCUGCUGCCUUCCUCGUCUCUCUCCAUCUCUGCUAAGAACAGGUGGCUGGCUGGGGAGCUGGAUGGAUGCCGGCUAGGGGCCAGGCCUGAGAGAGAGCCAGGAGAGACCAGCCGGCAACCCCCACCUGUCAAUACAUUGUGAAAAGGCUGCCUUUGUGUCAUGGUUGUUUGUGAUCUCCGCAAGAUGUAAGUCUCCAAAGUGGUGGCGGGUCAGGGUCUGUGCUGCCCUCCAGAACCUGGAAGUGGUGGGUUCUGUUUUAUUGUACUGGAAUAAUAAAAUCAAUGUGGGGUGUAGGGGUGGGAGGGGACCUCAAGAAGACACCUUCAGGGACCCCAGUCAAGGGGAUUUUUACUUUCGUUUCCUUUGUUUUUGGCCAGGCUGCUUCAAGCUGAGCUAAAGGACCACAUUGCAAGGGAGAGCAAGGAGAUUAUCACACUACACUCUUAAAUUGCCAUUCCUUUACUUUGUAAAGUAUCACAGUACACUCUUAAAGAGUUGGUAUCUCACUUUAACUCAAAUGGCUGCUUCCUGUUGAAUCCCGAGGGUUGCAGUUUAGGGAGGGACCUAUAAAAUUCUCAUCCAGAGAGCUCCUGGGCUUCACAGAACUACAAACCCCAGAAGUCUGCAGGAGGCAGCCACAGGAUUUGACGUGGGAUGCCAACUUUUGAAAGUAUAAUGUGAUAAUAACUCCUAUAUCUGCUUCCUGUGGAAUUGUUUUUUUUUUCUUUAAGUUUAGUGAGGCCAGGCCUCUUUGGCUGAGAAUUUUAACCUCCUUCCCUAAAGUGAAAAUUCCAGGAUUCCAUUGGUAGCAGCCCUAGCAGUUCAAGUGAAAUAACAAUGCUUUAAGAGUGUAGCGUGAUAACCUAAGUCUUGCCAAGGAAAGUGCUUUGCAGUGCAAAUAGAACUGCCUUGGCCUUCUUCUGUUUGUACGUCAAUUGUCCAAAUCUCUCCCCUCCCUGGCUUUUCAUAGUCAGGUGAAUUAGCAACUGUCAUAGAGCAAUUGAAUUGAGGGAGCCAGACUUAAAGGAAGAGUUGGGAUGACAAACUGGCAUCUUUGAGUGUUGGUGGCCCUUGCGGCACUUUCAGUGUGGUCUGAAUUGCACUUCGCAAAGAGAAAUCACCCCAGACUAACUAUCUCUCUAUUGUCCCCAAUUGCUGCCCAGUUUGUCCUCUUCUUUCUUGCCCCCCCAGUGACCCUUGUCCCCCAAGCUGGCUUGAUCUGACAGACUAGUUAAAAACAAGUAGGACUGACCCAAAUAAGUGAAUGAUUCUCGGAAUGCAGGGUGAUUUAUUCUGUCUUGUUUUUGGGAACUUUCCCAGUUUUUUGUUUUAUUUUGUUUUCUUUCCUUGUGCAAGUGAGUUUAACAGGCUCUUCUAAGUAAUUAUGCAAUUUUACAAUGUGAUUUUAUGUAUGUAAAAAGAAAAAAAUAAUAAAUAGAGCAAGUUUAUGGAUGAGGAUAGCGAGGGGGCCGUUCACCAAAUUUCAACAAGAUCUACAGGGAUAUUUUGCGCAUUGCUCUUAAAAGGUUAUUUUAAAGAGGUGUUGGGGGAGCUGGUGGGGUGAAAAAGACUUAUUAUGUAUCAUGAGGAACUCAUAUGUUAAUACUGUGCAUUCAAGAUUAUUUUCUUUCCUCUCCUUAAGCCUCCCCACCCCACCCCAUGUUGGGCUUUUUGUUUGUUUGAAUGAGGCCUACGUUAGGUGGCAAUUUACACUUUAUAUGAACUAAUUGGAUCAGGUAUAAUGUGGAAAUCCAUUGCAGGUGCUUUCUUUUCUGCGACCUGUGCUGUAAAGGGGUAACAAAACAAUUUGAUCUUCUAGCUUUCAUGUUUCCCCCUUCUCCUGACAACCUCCUAAUACUAGAAGAGGCAGGCAACAAGCAUUUAAAAGCUUAUUUAGAAAGGUGAAGAGUGAGUCUGGGAUUGUCUUCAGGGUCACCAGUCCUUGUAGAAGCAUUUCGCCAUGCCAUGCCCAACUUGCACUUUGUGUGUCAUGCCAGAUUCCCUGUCUCAGGAAGGGCACCAAAAUCAGCAAAAAAAGAGGUCAGUUUGAUAGGUUACAAGAUUCUCAAACGUUGUGGCACGAGAGAUUUGUCCUGGCAUAUAUUGAAGGAAGGAUGCAAAGUGUAUGCAGAGUUUCUCUGACCCAUGGCUAGCAAGGGAUUCAACGUAGGGAGAGGAUAUGUCUGGCUUCCUGGGUAGUUUCCACUUUUGCAGAAGUCUUUGAGUAACUCUCCUUCAGCCGUUCCAGUUGGCUCAGUCUCAGAAUGGAGGAUAGAUCUAUGUGAGUAGGAUGCAUGUCUUUUCCAACAAGGUGCACAGCUGUGCUCUUCAAAAGAAAAGCCUGCCUAAAAUGCAUAUUUCACUUUCAGUCAGAAUUGGUUGCAAUUGACCAUGUAAGGCAUAUUACCACCUUAGGGUUGUCAAAAGCACAAGACGCUGGUCUCUUCAUUAUUCCUGCUGUGGUAUUUUUAAUCUCGGUUACUCUGAAUCAGGAGCUGGCUCUUGGUCUCUGAAGGGUAGGGUAGGUCAGCUGUUGUUAAGAGCUGGCUUUCUGCAACAUUGCCCUUAAAAUCGCCCUUUCUGGGAAGUGGUAUAGUUGCUUGAAAAAUGGCAUAGUGCACAAAUAACCCUGGCCCAAAUGAAUGCUUACUUGAAGUCACCUAUCAUGCAUUCAAGGCUGAGCAAUUUUCAGAUAAUAUUGGAACCAUGACAAAGCCCUUGGGCAUAAAGCAAACAAGACCUGAUGGAGGUCUUGGGUCGUUGUAACACAGGAGAGCCAUCCUUGAGGCCCAGGGUUGGGGAGGGAGGGAUCAGGGUGGCCUCCCUGAAAUCCUCACCAGUGUUAGUCCCAAACUUCUUCCUUACCUUGAAGCAGGGGUCCUUCCCACACCCAUUCAUGUAUUGACAGAGAUGCAGAAAGAAUUGCAAAUAAAUUCCUCUUGACAAAAGAGCCACCACCCUACCAAUGGUUUGAAAAUCUGGAAUAAAAAAAAAAUAAGUUUGGAGACUAAUUGCCUUGCCUUUCCUUGCUUCAGGGCUAACUUUCCCUUGGAGUGAAAAUGACUGAGCAAAAAAGGAGAACAUUUGCAGCUAUUGCCUUCUGGGGAAGACAAUGGCUGCAAAAGUUCUCCUUAUUUGCUUCUUGGGAAGACAAUGGGGAAAAGUUAAUCUUGCAAUGUACUUAGAAACAGCAGGAAUUCAUCCCAGGGAAGCAAGUGCUGCCUGUCUUGUGAUGUCUGCAACUCCAGGAGGGAGUUAGAUAUUACAAAAAUUCUUUAGGGAGUAGUUAUUACAGGUUUGAUGUUACCCAGGAGUUUAGGCUUUGCCAUCAAAGUUAACAGAAGGCAGGUCCUUUGCUUGGCAAGUGCUGCUAACAUGCAAAACGCAUGGUGAGGCAAAUGGUUUAUUCUCUUAAGAGAAUCGUAGAAUAUUGGGGCAUGGAGGAAGAAAAGGCGACAAAUGAUCUUGUCUCACUGGAACUGGAGUGUUAGGGGGAGCAGGAAUGGGCAGAUUUGAUUGCCUGGCAUCCCUGUUCUUGGGAUAACAAGGUGAAUUUGGAAUCAUGGCUUUGGGUUCUAGAAGUGGCAAGUGGAAUAGAGUUUAAGGCAACUUCAGUUGGCAUUUCUCUGCAGCUGAACAGCCAGGCACUUUUCCUAGGGAGCUGUGCGGCCCUUCUUUCUCCUGGGUCAUCUGCAUGCCAGAUACUUGCCUCCAUAAAGCUGCCUUCCUUGAAAACAGCUUUCUCUCAUCCUUGGGCCCUCUAGAUGCAAAAGGCUACGACAUGGCAUAGCCCUGAAGCUCAUACCAGGACAGGGCAUUCUGGGAGUUAUAGUUCGAAACUUCUGGCAGGCCCUAGGGUUUGGGGAGACGCUGCUCUGAUAUCUACAGGUCAAAGUGGACUGGUUUUGAACAGCUUGCUAUCUUUUUAAUUGAUUUCAGUGAUCUGUACAAAUGAACAGGUACCUUCUAAAUUCUUGUGGAGUCAGAUUGAAUGCGAAUGAACUGGUGUCUGCCCAAGCUUUUGGAAGUUAUAUUGAAUUCUAGGCGUUUUCCUGAUCAUGGGAAGAUGGCAGGUUCUCUAAAGCAGGGACUCCCAAACUGUGAUCCUCCAGGUGUUUGGACUUCGACUUCCAGCAGCCUCCACUGUGGCCAGUAGAGGUUUAUGGGAAAUUGAAGGCCAAAACAUAUGAAAGGCCAGAGCUUGGGAAAACCCUGCUCUAAAGCAAACACAUGCUGCUUUUAUGCAAUGCUGCAUAACACUAAAGUCCUGGUCCUUCCUUCUCCAGAUGAGCACUUAAAAAAGUAUAGGAGCUGUUUGGCCCAGGGCUUUCUCUCUGGCCGGCCAGUGAGACAUUGCUGGGGUCAAAAACAUAAGAGGACUGUCUUACAUGAAUGAAAUAACCUCAGAUCUGGCCUCGAAUAUCUCCCUCUCUGUUGAGCCUGGCUGGGUGUCAGCAUCUUUCAAGGGUUUCUUUUGGAGAGAAGCUUGAAGAAGAUAUUCUCCUAUCUUGAUUUUUGCCUUCAAGCGAGCCACUUCCUUUCUCUCUCCAGCAGAUUCCUCUGCACAAGGCAUUUUAGCGCAGGGAUAUGAACUCUAUAGCCCUCUAGACAUUGUGGCACUGCAUCUCCCACUCGCUGUCCUGGCUGGGAUCGAUGGGAGUUGUGGUUCUGCACCAUUUGGAAGGCUAUACGGUUCUCACUCUGACUUCCUUAGUGCCACUGUUUGUUUCUAUCUUGGGAGUAACGAUCUUAUCAGUCCUUCUCUGGCAACACUUCAUAGCCUGGCUGUCCUUCCCUUUCUCCUCUGGAAAAGAUGAACUGGAAUUUAGAAUGCCUUUGUCAGGGUGGGAUUUUGGACCACUACCCACUGUCCUGCAGAUGUAGUGACCUCAAAGUGGUCGAAACCGAAAUGGACUGUAUGAUCCUUCUCCCCUCUCAGAGGAUUAGAUUGCACACUCCUGAUCUAAUCUUUCUGAAAACCAAGCCUUCGAUGCGGUUGUCCAUAGAAAUCUCCCAGAAGGAGGAAAUGCUGUGAAGGCAGGUAUUGAGAAUUCUGCAUUGCCAAGACGAGUUAGUUAACAGUGUCAUUCUUUCUGAAAACUGAGCCCUAGGUGCAGAUGUCCACAGAGCUUGCCAAGAAAGCUAUAUUAGGGUGAAGGACACGAUGCUCUGAAGGGAGGAAGAGGGAAGCUGAGCAGGUAUGGAGACUUCUGCAUUGCCAGGGUGGAAUAGAGUGUUAUGUGUUCUUGCUUGCUGUGUGAAUGGGAUAAUGUGUGAGUGUGUUAGAGAGAGAGGAUAAGAGCGGGGCGGAUGGGGAGGGAGAACGGUAUGGGCCUCUUUCGGGGACUGACGCCAGCCAGGCUCAGCACUGCCAGCGCCUUUGCAUUUCUUCAUCCUCCUCCUCCUCCUCUCACCUCGGUUGCCCUGCCCCUGACCCCUAAGCCGGACUCUGUCCAAUUCCCACUCGGUAGCUGAGCCUUACCAGUCUAGUUCCUUGCUAGACGCCUGAAGAUUGUAGCAUGCUUCUCCGUGCCAGGAGCUCGAGAACUGGCAGACCACAAACCUCCUUACAGUAUUCACUGUGGGUAAUUUAUUUAAAACUAGCGAAUGUAGAGUUAAAAAUAAUUUAAAGAGAAGAAGAAGAAGAAGAAAAAACUAAUGGUUUGUUUGCAAGAUUGUAUGUCCUUUGUACUUGGCCUGGGUUUCAUUCUUUUGUGUUCCUGUCGGUUUCUUUUCUUUUUUUUUCUUUCCUCUUCUCCACUUUUUUUCGGUUUUGUUUUUGUCGAGGAGAGAAGGGGCUCUCUGUCGGGCCGUAGGGAUCCAGCGGGAAGAUCCUGCAGAGAGGAAAUAGGGAGGGAAGGGGCUUCACUCUCCAGCACUUUUACGUUGCAGGUCUGCGACCGACGGUAUUGCCGCCCCAGCCCCCUCCCCGGGUCGUCAAGGGGGACGUUUGGGGCAAAAGGAGCGGCAAAGGGGUCUUGGCGUGGUCUGGCGUGCCAGCCGGGCCGCCCCUUCGUGGCUUUCUGCCGCGACUCCUUCUCCGUUUUGAUCUUUAAUUUUAUUUAAUUUUUGUGAGCACUAAAAACAUUUACGUAAGCGGCUUUUUAAACAACAAGGAAUGGUUUUAUUGUCGUCGGGAAUGAUUUAUUUUGUUCCUUUGUGGUCUGCGUUCGUUUGAAGUUUCUGUAUGUAAUGUAGUUUAAAAAAAAAAAAACAUUGCCAAACCA